AUGGAGCCAGAAGACAGCCGAGACAUCGAGCCGAGGAAUACCGACCCAGAGACUGUCCGGUACCUCCACUGGGGAUGUGUCGCCCGCCUACAUCUCUGGAGUCUGGGGUCUUCCUUCCUCGCCACCGACGGGUUCCUCUUCAUGCUUGUGUUGAACAGAGAGCAUCGUGAGAAUGGUGUGGGGGCCCUGUCUGGGGAUCUCUUGUGGCGGCAGGAGGCCUUUUGGCUCACGGUUGUCGAGAUGACCUUUGGGCUGACCUUUGCCCUGUUGCCUUUGAAUCUCAACUUGCCGGACUAUGAUGGCAGUGCAGACUCUGGGCAGUCACUGCCCAUCAGAGUAGACAGUGCUGACCUUGAUAAACCCAGGGAAGUUUCAGAUGUUCCAUCUCUGUAUCCCAUCUCAGGUACCUUUGGUGAAAUGGAGGAGGGAGACGAAGCGCCUCUGGAGGACAACAGCCACGUGGAGAGAGAGGGCGGUGCCUCGGACCACGAGGGCUCCGUGGACGGUGAUUCGUCCAGUUCCCCUUGCAGUGAAGAGGCAGAGCCCAAAGAGAAUUCAGCCAGUCCGAAGGAGCCCGAUAAGCAAGAAAUUCCGGAGGAGCCGCAGGAGCCGAAUCCGUGGAAUGGGCCAGAAUGCUGCAGCCGCAAGCCGGUUUCUCUAAGCAAGCUGGUGCUGACGGGCCAAGAGUCCUUCCUGGCGUUGAGUCAGGCUAGAAAGGGACAUGAGUCUCUGGCUGCCUCGAUGGUAGUUUUGCGUUCUUUCCCUUUCUCCGAAGCCUUCCCCGAAAACUCCUGCCGUGGAGUCGGUGGCUGGCGCCGCGCUUGGGGUGGGCAGACAGGCCCCAUUGCUACACAGGCUUGCCCGCCCUGCCAGCUGCAGCCGUCCGCGGGCAAUGACGACUGGUGUGGUGGUGGCAUGGUGAGUCUCGACCUCCUUACCAGAUCGUUGGGCCUGUCUGUCGCCUCGCAGCACACCGAGGGUGAGCUGGAGUUGGCAGCAUCGGAGGGCGAGAGCAAAGUCAUUGCCAGGCAGAACGUGCCCGAGGGUUUGUCCUGGGGUCCCUACCGGGGGAACAUCCACGCUGAACCAGCGCCUUCUCCAGGGCACGGCGAGAUGCCGAACCCACCCGUGACCCUGGUGUUAGAGGAUGAGAACUGCUGGAUCGCCAAGCUGCCUUCGGUUUCCGGAGAAGGAGAGGCUAAUGUGGUGAUCUACAAAAAGGACGAUGCGAUCUGGUGCAAGACCGCCAAGGCCAUCCCAGAGGGAGAACCCCUGAAGGUGUUCGUCAUGGCUGAGCCGAUGGGCAUCCCCAACCACGCGGUGAAAUCGGAGCCCGGGGACCUGGCUUGCCCGGCAGUUCUGCCCUCUGAAAUACAACUCCUCCCACAGCAGGCGGGCAUGGCUGCUAUCCUGGCGACGGCCGUUGUGAACAAGGACGUCUUUCCUUGCAAAGACUGCGGCAUUUGGUACCGCAGCGAGCGUAACCUGCAGGCCCACCUCAUGUACUACUGCGCCAGCCGCCAGAACGUUGUGUCGCCCGCGGUGGACGAGAAGCCGAAGGAGGCCUACCCCAACGAGCGGGUCUGCCCCUUCCCCCAGUGCAAGAAGAGCUGCCCCAGCGCCAGCUCCCUGGAAAUCCACAUGCGCAGCCACAGUGGGGAGAGGCCUUUUGUCUGCCUGAUCUGCUUCUCGGCCUUCACCACAAAAGCCAACUGUGAGCGUCACCUGAAGGUUCACACCGACACGCUGAACGGAAUCUGCCACAGCUGCGGCUUCAUCUCCACCACCCGAGACAUCCUCUACAGCCACCUGGUGACCAACCACAUGAUCUGCCAGCCGGGCUCCAAGGGAGAGGUCUAUUCCCCGGGCUCCUCGGUCCCAGCCACGAAAACGCUCACCCCAGGUCUGAGCACGCCGGGCCCGGCCCCCACGCUCAAGUGCACCUUCUGCGGCUAUGUGGCUGACAGUUUGCCCGGCCUUCAACAGCACGUGGUUUUGCACAGCGCCCCGGCAGCGGUUCUGCCCGCCUCAGAGCCCAAAGCGGCCCCAAACCGGCCACAGACACCCGCCAAGCUGGUGAAGGUGCCCCCUGCUGAGGAAGCAGAGGGUGGCUCCCCGCCGCAAGAAGGAAGUUCCGCAGCCCUCGUGAGCGACGCGGCUCCUUCAGUGCGGGUCAAGGAGGAGCCUCUAGAUGAGGGGGAAGGCCCCACGCAGAUCUCCCCAGCGGGAUCGGCCACCGCCCUGGAGCCAGAGCCCAACGCCUCCUCGAGAACGUCUUCUCCACACAGCCUGCCGCCCGUGAAGGUGAAAUCUGAGAUGGCCAGCCCCACGCCCGGGUCCAGCCCGGUGCCCAGCGAGUCCGGGUCGGGCACGUCGGGGGGCACGAUCUUCCUGCCGCAGUAUGUGUUUGGCCACGAGGCCACCGUGGUCCCCCAGGCGUCGGAGAUAUUGGCGAAGAUGUCGGAACUGGUGCACAGCCGCCUGAAGCAGGGCCACGGCGGCGUGCCUCCCACCCUCUUCCCGGGCACCCCAGUGCCCAAGGGGGCCACAUGCUUCGAGUGCGAGAUCACGUUCAACAACAUCAACAACUACUACGUCCACAAGCGGCUGUAUUGCUCCAGCCGCCGCGUGGCGGAGGAGAGCCCGCCCGGACCCCGCAAGCUGAAAGCUGCCCCGGCCUCCGCCCCGAAAGGCCCCCCCGCCCCCGGGGUGCUCCUAUCCCCCCCGGGUCCUGGAGAGAGCGGGGCGAAAGCCAGCCCCUCCCCGGAGGCCGACGGGGCCGGGCGCACGAGCGAGGACAGCCAGAGCCCCGGGGGCAGCUCCGUGGAGGAGCCCGACGACGACCCCAGCCGGACGGUGUGCGAAGCCUGCAACAUCCGCUUCAGCCGUCACGAGACCUACAUGGUUCACAAGCGCUACUACUGCGCGUCCCGCCAUGACCCGCCUCUGCGCCGGAGCAGCACCGCCGGCAAGGUGCCCUUCCUGCCGCAGCCAAUCCGCACCCGCAAGCGGCGCAAGCUGUACGAGAUCCACGGCACCGCCAGCCAGCCCGGCAGCACGUUGGACGUCCCACGCCCCGAGGCGCCCCCCGUGGUACCAGCCCUCAUUGCCAUGGUCAAGACCACCCCCUCGCCCAGUUCGAGCCCCGACGCCGAGGGACCCAUCGACCUGAGCAAGAAACCUCGGCUGCAUGGUGGGGACGUGCUGCCGGCCUCUCUGCUGCCCCUGGCGGACUACCACGAGUGCACGGCUUGCCGCAUCAGUUUCCACAGCCUGGACAGCUACCUGGCCCACAAGAAGUACUACUGCCCGGCCACCCCUCUGCAGCCCGGCACGCUCGAGCAGCUGCAGAAGAUCAAGGGGGCCGUCCCGCCCCUCCUGAAACCCCGGGGCAGCCCCGACCGGCUGAGCGAGGAGCACGACGGGGUGCCGGUCAAAGUGGAGAAGGCGGCGGCUUCCGUGAGCCCCGUGGCCCCGCCGGCCCCCUAUCCCGGCCUGGACUCACUUCAGCAGCGCUACCUGGAUGCCAAAGCCCUGCACCUCCACGCCGCCAAGGUGCCCCUGGCCGUGUGCCCCUACUGCCCGCUGAACGGGGCCGUCAAAGGGGACCUGGCCGAGCACUUCCGCAACGCCCACGGCCUCUUUGUCGCCAAAACCGUGCCUGGUGCCACGUUGAUCGAGGCCGCGCGGACGCUGGCCGAGAGCAGUUUGCUCCCCCCCCUCCCCGCCGCCUCCCCGCCACAGCCCCUCCCUCGGUUGCGCAAGGACAGCUUCAACGGCAAAGAGGCCUCCGUCCCGUCGGUGUCCAACGGGAGCCCGCGGCCCACCGUCUCCCCCCAGCCCAUCCUCCCCAUCUCCCCUUCCCUCCCCUUGACCGUCUCCCCCCUGCCGGAGGCUCCUCCCCGCCCCCCUCCCGGGUAUACGGACAAAAGUGUGCAGACCCCGCCCGGCAAAGGGCCCCCCGCCCCCGUCGCCAAUGGCAACCACAGGUACUGUCGCCUGUGCAAUAUCAAAUUCAGCAGCCUGUCGACUUUCAUCGCCCACAAGAAGUAUUACUGUUCUUCACACGCUGCUGAACACGUCAAAUAGCACU